CUCUCUCAUAGUACUACAAUACUGCUGGGAUCUGUUUGCCCCAUAUCAACCAUUUCAUAUACGCUGUGACUAGGUACUCGUGGUGGAUGACAUUGCUUCUGUUACACCUGAGUGCUAUCCAUUGAAUUUCCUCGCAUUUCUCUUUCCUCAGUUGUCUCUCAUCAGCCGGUGCUGGUUAAACACCGAAACCAUGGCGGCACAAGCAGCUUUGAUCGCAGACACCAUUAUGGGCAUGAAACGGGCCCUGCGCAAGGAACAAGAUUUUUCCGGACCGGACGAUUCUAUCACGCAACCGACGAAUCGGGGCAAUAAGCUAAAGGCGAACGCGCAAUAUGUGCGUGAAGGCGCGCUGGGAUACAUCAAUUCUGAGGACCUUUAUAAGCAGAAGAUUGAGCACGCGGGCUAUACGCGCUACAUCCUUCAACCAAACCCGGUGCGCUACGACUCAGAAGGCGAUGAGCUCGAUGAGGAUGACGAAGAUUCUGAAGCGGAUGUGGCAGCGGCAGAGGAGAACCCAUUUUCUGAAAUUGCGCUUGAACAUCUCUUGUGUCCCAUCAAGCAUCCCUCCGAACUCCCUACCCACCCCUCAAUGUCCCACAUGUACAAGUCCAAAGCCCUCCGCAACAUGACGCAGGCGAUUGAAGAUAAACUGCGUCAAGAACGCGCCCUGCUGUGGCGGGCAAGAAACCUCCACCGAGAAUUUUUAGGCGACUGCUCCUGGAUGCCCUGCGGAACGGUUGAGACAUCCGAAGACAGAUGGAUUUUUGAGCCUCGCAUUAUGAACAUGGAGCCCAAUACGAGUGGAACAGCUUCUCCUCCUGCUGGUGGAAACUCCGACGCCCAGAAGAACGGAGCGCAGGAGUCGCUCUCGGGUGCGAUGUCUCAGGAGGGCUCUGAGACGGUCCAGGGAGAGGAGGACCGGCUAUCACAGCCAGCCGAAAAGGAUGUUAAGAUGACGGACGCCGAGAAUAAUGAGAACAAGCCAGGAGAGAAUAAUGCUGAACAGACCAAAGAACCCAAAUCGGAAGAGAUCGACACAACGGUUGGAGACGUCUCCCAGCAUCCAGGCACAGUACAACCGGAUGGAACCCAUGUAAAUGGGGAUGUCACAGAGAAUGUACAACCCAAUCAGAACCAGCCCCCCGGAUCGGAGGAAGCAUCAACCAGCAACGGGAAAUCUAAAGCGCAUGAUGUUGAUGACAUGGAUGCGCGAAGUGAUACUCAAGAAGCAGAAGAUGUAGAGAUGCAGAAUGGGUCACCUGCACCGUAUCGUCGAAUGGCGACUAGGGAGUGGGCCAACACAUCGAACCCCCAGCAAGAGGACGAAUCCAGCCAUCGUUCCUUUACCCCAUCAAACGAUCCGUUCACCAGUCUUCCGACUCCGCAUCCUCUCUUCCUUGUUCCAAAUUCUACCCGCCCAGAUCCCAAUUACGGACUCCCACCGAACGAAGCCGAGGAUACUCGGCGACUCUUGUGGUCGUACAUCCAAAAGCAGGAAGAGACAGUCCGAGGGUUCGAACAUAUGCAUGAAUCUCUACUUCGCGCGUGUCGGAUGAAGGAAGAUGUACUAGAAUGGUGCAAGGCCGAGGGCCAUGUUGGCGAGAUGAGCGACGGCGAGGACUGGUACGAUCACGAGAAGUGGGGUCUAGCAGAAGGAGAGGAUCUCAAGAAGGGAGCCGACGAAGAUGAGAUCGAAGCAGUGGAUGAAAGUCGGGCUACGGGCAAAAGAGGACGAGGUCGAAGGGCAUGAUGCGACGUUUUUAGCAUCGUUCAUUUUUGCACCAGGUCUUCUCCUCUUCCCUCGACUUCUCCAUUUUUUUUUUUUUUUUUUUUUUUU